CGUAUUUAUCUACCAAACAUUCAAAUUAGAAUGAUGAGAAAUCAUACUCCUUCAGGAGAACCAUACGAUCCAUUCAUUGCGACUUUUCGUAUUCCACCUUCAAUGACAAAAACAGAUCUUCGUUCUUAUCUCAUGGCAGUAUAUAAUCUCCCAGUAACUUUUAUACGUACGGAUUUAUAUUCUGCUCCAGUGACUAGGAUAUGGCCUGGAAAAAUAGUAAAAGGAGGUGGUAGUAAGAAGAAUUAUAAACGUGCAAUAGUUGGUUUGUUGGAACCUUUUCAUUAUCCU